AUGAAAAACUGUUUCCGAGUUUUAUUUCUAUUUACUUUUGUGUUUCUAACAAUUAAUGAAAUUAUUGCCGAGUCCCAAAAACCUGAUAAAUUCAAGGAAGCACUCACGAUAAAGCCGCUAUCCGACGGAAAACUAUUAACAUAUUUUCAGUUCAAUGUUAAACAUUAUGGGUAUAAGGAGGGUGUAGCUUUUAGUCAUUACAAUUUUUUUCCUCGUGCAAUUGGCCAAAUUCUCCAAACUUAUAAUGUUCGAGAAUUACAUUUAACAUUCACCCAAGGUCGCUGGAAUUAUGAAGAUUGGGGAUAUCCUUUUGUGCCAUCUGCUGGAACUGGUGUUGAAUUAUGGGCUUGGUUGUGGAAAGAUGGAAAGUUGGAUAAAAAUUGGAAAUCAUUGACAAAUGCUCUUGCUGGUCUCUUUUGUGCUUCCUUAAAUUUUAUUGAUGACACGAUUACAGUUCAGCCUAAAUUGUCGUUUCGGCCAGAAGGACCAUUUAAUACAACUGAAUUAGCUGAAAGGGCCGAGUUAAGAUAUGGUUCUCUACCGCAUGAAAAUGUUUGUACUGAGAACUUGACACCUUGGAUUAAACUUCUUCCAUGCAAAUCUACAUCUGGUAUAGCAUCACUUUUGAAUGGGCACAAGUUAUAUGAUUCGAAUUUUCAUUCAAUGUCAAUCCACGUUCGGCCGUCAUGCGAGGCAUGCCCAUUAGCGGAAGAAAGUAAUCUUGAAGUAAUAUUACCAGAACACGGUGAUUAUAAAAUAAUUCCAGAUGCAAAUGUUAUUAUUCAAAGGAAUACGAGUAACAUUGAUGGCGGUGCUGAAAAGAAAAUUGCAGUAUAUAACCUUAAGAAAAUUAAACCAAAUACAGAACUCUCAAUGAGUUGGAAUGAAGAUCAAUUUGAAUAUAGCUACGGUCAAGAAAGAGGUGGAAUAAAAGUUAAUAUAUUUAACAAAAGUCCAAACACUUCUAUACCUAUAAUAUAUUGUGAUGUUAUACCUUGGUAUUUAAAGUUAUAUUUGCAUACACUCAAAGUCCAGAUAAAUGGAAAGGAUACAAAAUUUGAUGCAGAUCAUCCUAUUAAAGAUUUAUAUUUCCAGCCAGCAGUGGACAGAUCCCGACCCAAUGUUAUUGAAGUUGAGAUGUUAUUACCACCAAACUCGUUAACAACACUAUCAAUAAAUUUUGAUAAAGUAUUUUUAAAAUAUACUGAACAUCCACCUGAUGCUAAUAGGGGAUUUGAUAUUGGAAGUGGAAUUAUUUCUACUAGAGUAAUUGAUGAUAAUUUUUUGAGCUUUGAUACAGAAAUUAUGAAUAAUAGUAAUUCAACAAACAUAUUACUUACAACAAAAAAAUCACUAGCUGAGUAUAUAUAUUUUCCAAUUCGUAUUUAUACAGAAACAUUAUUGGUUAGCUUACCAACACCAGAUUUUAGUAUGCCAUAUAAUGUUAUUACUUUAACAUGUACGGUUAUUGCAUUAUUUUUUGGAAGCAUGUUUAAUCUAUUGACUAGAAGCUUUGUGGCAUUUGUUGAUAUUGAGAAAGAAAAGGCUGAGAAAAAAAUUGAUAUUGAUAAAAGUAAUAUAAAGAAAGAAAAGAAAGAUAUUGAUAGAGAAAAAACUGAACCAGAGAUAAAAAAACAAUAA